GCAGCCAGAGAGGAGAGAGGAGGACCUCAGUGUCUGGUUUCGGCGUUUUUCCUCCAAAAAAAAAAAAAGAAAAUCGUGACAGUGAGAAUCUUCCAGAGUCGCAUGGCUCGGUUCGGAUGGGGGCUUUUUUUCGGGAGUGGGGGGGUUCGGGUCACACAUCUCCGAGGUUAUGAGCCGUCCGAAGCCGCGUCGGUGCGUCGCUGUCCAGGGUCCUGAGUGAGACAGAGCCGGCGGGCGACCACGGAGCCUGACACAACCCGUGAGUUGAAAAGCUCAGGAGCCAUGGAGUUAAGGGUGGGAAACAAGUACCGCCUUGGGAGGAAGAUAGGGAGCGGAUCCUUCGGAGACAUUUACCUCGGUUCUAACAUCGCCACAGGAGAGGAAGUGGCCAUCAAGCUGGAAUGCGUGAAGACCAAACAUCCACAGCUCCACAUCGAGAGCAAAUUCUACAAGAUGAUGCAGGGCGGAGUGGGAAUCCCGUCUAUUAAGUGGUGCGGAGCAGAAGGUGACUACAACGUUAUGGUGAUGGAACUGCUGGGUCCCAGUCUGGAGGACCUGUUCAACUUCUGCUCCCGCAAGUUCAGUCUGAAAACAGUCCUGCUGCUGGCCGACCAGAUGAUCAGUCGGGUUGAAUACAUCCACCUGAAGAACUUCAUCCACCGAGACGUGAAGCCUGACAACUUCUUGAUGGGGCUAGGCAAGAAGGGCAACCUGGUCUACAUCAUCGACUUUGGCUUGGCCAAGAAAUACCGCGACGCCCGAACGCACCAGCACAUCCCCUACCGUGAGAAUAAGAACCUCACUGGCACCGCCCGCUACGCCUCCAUCAACACCCACCUGGGCAUUGAGCAGUCGAGGCGAGACGACCUGGAGUCCCUGGGCUACGUUCUCAUGUACUUCAACCUGGGCUCUCUGCCCUGGCAGGGGCUCAAGGCCGCCACCAAGAGGCAGAAGUAUGAACGCAUCAGCGAAAAGAAAAUGUCCACUCCCAUUGAGGUGCUCUGCAAGGGAUACCCCUCUGUAUUCUCCACCUACCUGAACCUCUGUCGCUCCUUGCGGUUCGAUGACAAGCCAGACUACUCAUAUCUGAGGCAGCUCUUCAGGAACCUUUUCCACAGACAGGGCUUCUCCUAUGACUACGUCUUUGACUGGAGCAUGCUGAAAUUUGGAGCCAGCAGGACAUCAGAAGACGGAGAGAGGGAGCGGAGGGAGGGAAAAGAGGGGGAGGAGCGAGCAGGAGGAGGCCAAAGAGGAGCCGGAGGUCGUGCUUUGCCAUCUGGGCCAAACCCUUCAGCGGCCAACAGAGUCAGGAACGAGGCAGACUCCGCUCCCUCUAACCCGGUCACACGUGUGGUCCAGCAGUCAGGUAACCGCUCUCCUCAGGUGGGCAGAGCAGAACGAGCCGAGCGAGAGAGAAAAGUGGCCAUGAGGCUUCACCGUGGGGCCCCCGCCAACGUCUCCUCCUCUGACCUCACAGGACGCCACGACCAGUCACGCAUCACUGCAUCACAGGUCAGUGUGCCAUUUGAACAUCUGGCAAAGUGAGUUCCUCUUGGCUGGCCUGCAGGUCAGUGGCAGCAGCUGCAGGGUAUCAAAUACCCCCUACUUUUCAAAAAGGGUGAAUGAAAGCAUGAAUGAGUUGGAGGAGGAGAAGAAGAGGAAGCAAGAGGAGGAAGAGGAGGAGGUGUUGUAGGCCCUUAAAAGGGGGGUUGAGGGCGUCCGUGUGUCUGUCAGUACGCUGUGGGAACACUGGUGACCAGGAGGAGCCCUGAGAUGAUGGAAACCAGUAGAACAAACAAACAAACUCUUGGCUAGGACUGGCCGGUUCUGCUUUGGCGGUGCGGCUGGAGAGAGGAACGGGGGGUGAAACAACACGGAGGUCUCGCCCCUUCUUCACUCAUAUUCACCAUCGACUCAGAAGCUCAACUUGCAAAAAAAAAAAAAAAAAAAAAAAAGACAACAAUCAAAUUGCACAAAAUGGACACAAUUUCACUUAUUCUGUGGUUUACACCUGUAAUAAAAUCAAAUCCAAACUAUCAACCUGCUAUCGUUAAAGAGCUACAUCUGCUGCUUAUGGUGUUAAAAAAAACAACAUGUAAACAACUUUGGAGUGUUGCAGUGAGACAAACACGAACGUGUAUUCAGGCCUACAGUAGAUGAGACAGGAAAAUGCUUCAGAAUGGACCAAGGAGGAGAUCAGACGGGGAGACUGAAUGUAAGAGAGUCUGCGGUGACUUUGCGGAUGGGAGCAAGGCUGUUUUUUGUCAAUAAAUGUCAGUGUGUGUGUCUGUGUGUUAUUGUCUUGCGUGUUCCUUUUCGCCUUCAGCUUUGCUUUAGAGUCUGAGGAAGAGGAGAGACAGAGGAGGGAAAAGCGACUGUCGAUGAAUUAUAACUGAAGAUUUGUCCCCGAUGUGACCUUUUUCAUUCAGAUUUCCUCCUCUUCAGCACACUUUAAUGUCUUGCCUAUGAGAUAUUGACAAAGAAAAACAUGCUCAUUGAAUGUAAAAAAAAGAAGAAGGAAGAGGAGAAAGACAGAAUAAAGGGAGAGCCACAAGGAUUGUAUGAUAUGAUAAAGCCUUAUUC